UCUGAGUUGGAACACGACAGAUGACUCCUUGCAUGCGGCGUUCUCGGAAUUUGGCAAUGUCACAGAUUCCAUCGUAAUGAAGGAUCGUGAAACCGGUCGCUCUCGUGGUUUCGCUUUCGUCACUUUCAGCUCCCCCGGAGAGGCAGAAGCAGCCAUCGCUGGAUUGCACGAACAGGACCUGGACGGUCGCCGGGUCAAGGUUAACAUGGCCAAUGAGAGACCCAGUGGUGGAGGCGGUCGUGGUGGAGGCGGAUAUGGCGGAGGCGGAUAUGGAGGUGGUGGUGGUGGUGGUAGCUGGUGAUGAAAACUCCCGAAGAAUGCACCGCCAGUCUCUCAGGAGUAGAUGGAAUACGUUCGCAGCGGAGAUAACACUCACGAGCAUUACCAAGGCAUGCAUAGUAGUAGUGAAUUAGGUUUGCUGUAAUAACAUCUAGUGUUCACGA